AUGGCGCCCAAGAAGCUGACGGAUUGCCCGGAAAAUCUCAGGGAGGCCAUCGACUGGCUCAUACAGGUGAGGCAUGGGAGUGGUAGCAGUGAUGGUCUUGGCAAUUUGUCCAAAGCUUUAAAAAAGUUGAUUGACGAGGCUAUAGCUACUGCUUUUACCAGCAAUGUAGACCCACUCCUGAAGCUUAUUAAUCCUUCUUGCGGAAAGUCAGACAAUUGUACGUCUACAUUUGAGGAAAUUCAGAAGCUUAAGAAACAAGUUAAUGAAUCUGGAAACGUUGAAGCUGAUCGAUUUAGAACACUGUUACGGCUAAUUGAAGAACAUAAGAUAGAAUAUGAAAAGUAUCAUUAUGCUGAGUCAUCUAGGGAGAAGGCUUUAGAAGGUGUGAAAUGCAAGCUGUCGGAGAUUGAUAAACUUAGGGAAAAUCUUGAAACAUUCAAUAAAAAUCCCAAUGAUAUAUUAACUAACCUCUGCACUGGCCUCGAGACUUUCCUCGGCUUCAACCCUGACUCCAAAGGCUACACUGGCACUGGGAUUGUUUACUCUGACCUGGAUAGGCUGUGUGACGCGGUGAUGGCGUUUUUGCACGGGGUGUUUGACACUAUUAAAAGCGAGGACGCUGUGGAUAAUUACAACAAAUAUCUGCCCGAUUAUAACAAAAUAAACAAAGUUAUUCAAACGCUAGAGAAACAAAUUGGCCAAGGUCGUAAUGGGAUUCCGAACUCAGUCGGCCAGGUGAAAGCGUGGUUGGAGGGAUAUGAAAGUGUUGUUAAAACUAAUACACAAGCGGUGAAAGAUGAAUUACGUAGGCUAAUUGAUGACUUAGAGGGUAAUCAUAAAAUGACCAUUAAUGAGAAUUCAUCCCUUGAGGCACAGCUGUCGGAUUGGAAGUCGGUGCUUCACAAAAUUGAGGUACAUGUCACUCAGACACAAACUAAGCACAUUAGCCGAUUAGACCGUAGAUUGGAAGAAGCAAUUGCGAAUGAGAUAAAGCCAAUAAAAGAUGUCGUCCAGCAAUUGAAAAGUGUGACGUAUAAUGCGUUCGAGACUCAAGUGAAGGCAGUAGAUACAAAAUUUGAGACGUUGCCUGUAGAACUCAAUAAUCAAAUCGAAAAAGAAGCAAAACGUUUUAAGGAUAUCUUGGAUGGAAAUUUUAAUGAAAUAGGUGGAAAAGUUGAAAGCUUUAGAACCGGACAAUUGCAAAACCUUAUGAAAUCUAAGGAUGCGCUUAGCGCCGCUCUGCAUAAGAUUAAUGGGGAAGAGAUCGGUGAUAAAAAGUCUGGGGUCCACAAAAAGAUUCUUGCGUUAUUAGAGAAAUUGAGAGUAGAUAUAAGUAACGUCCACAAGACGUUGGAAGAGAAGAAAAAGGAACUUGAUCAAUUAGUAAUUACUGCGCAGAUGCAAUUUGCAACCAUAUCCAGAGGGGUUAAAGAAGGCUCUGGCUAUACAAUGCAGGCGGAUUUAAGUAUAGAAAAACAUUGGAAGGAUCUCUACACUAUGAUUGAGACUAUUGUUGGAGAUGUGACCAACGCAGGCAAAAAAAAUCCUGCUUCCCUUCAGGAUAUUGUGGAAGCAGUGCAAAAAUAUGCUGAAACUUAUGGUCAGGAUUUUGGAGGUACAGUGAAAAAGUGGGUGCCACAAAUGGUCGGGUUGGAACCGAUGAAAGGCUUUCUUAAUAAGUAUGUCGUGGAAAAUGAUGGAGCCUCUCUAUUCUCGGGUAGUUUAAAAGGUCAGGUGCAUCUUCUCAAUGAGGAAUUGGCUAGAGUGGUUCAGGGGAAAAUCAUAAUUGAUCUUGAUAAUAUCACUGUUGGUACACAACCCGGAAGCAAGACAGGCGUGGAUGGAAAAUUGUCGGAAAUUGUACAGUAUCUUAGAAGCUACGCUAAGGAAGUAGUAGGUAAGCACACUAAAAUCGUCUCCGAUAUUGAAGUCGCUCUAACAGGAAAUGAUAAGUUUACUUUGCAACCUUCCCCACACAAAUCGUAUCUCGAAUCUGCCGUAAAAGCCACCCUUGCCGCAGUGAAAUAUGCAGCCGAAGGUGCUGCAGAAGAAAUUGAGACAUUUAUACAAAAAUCCAACAUAGUCAACCUGACGCAGUCUAUAUCCAAAGUAAAAUUAAUCGGUACCAAUAUUAAUCCCAGUUCUGGUGUUGGAUUUCCCGGCGGUACGAUUGACGUGGCAUUAACUACCGUGAAGGGCGCAAUCGAUCAGCUCAAUCCAAUACUGCAGAGGGCACGCGGCACGCUGAAAAUCGGUGUCGAUAAGCUUCAGUCAGAAGUUCUUGCAGAGCUUGAGAAUUUUAAGAAGGAAGGUGUCACUGGUCGCAUUUCUAGUAAACUAAAGGUGGUAACGGAAACCUUAGAAGAUCUUAAAGCGAAAAUAGACAGAGAGAUUAAUGUAGUCGUUCAACAGAUAACUGAUAUCGAAGAAGACGUGGAGACGUGGAUAAAUCAAACCAAAGAAAUGAUUAAAAGUGCCCGUCAGACCGCAAAGUCGGAGGUCAGCAAUUUCAACGCCAAAAAGCAAAUGUUUAUUAGAGAUGCAUUCGAACAGGCAAAAUCCACUGUCAUGUCCAUGCUUGCGAAGCGGCAUCAGGCCUACUCGGAUUCGCUAAAGAAAUUAGUCGUGAAGCAGAAAUAUAGAAUUGAAGGGUUUAUUCAAAAUGACAGAACCCACGGUUUGAAGGGGUUCUUGAGAGUCUUGUAUGGUGGCGAUUAUCUAAGUUCUAAUUGUAAAGGAUCAUCAGAUAAUUUGCUUUGUAAGCUAACAGAAGAAAUUGCCCAAAAAAGUGCAACAAUAAGCAACGCAUCGCCAAAGGUAAAUCAAUAUUUUAAUGCACUGUUGAUGUAUGUUUAUGAGGAUAUCAAAAACCUGUUCACAACUCCACCUCAAUACCCGUACUCAUCCCAGAUUAUGAAGGUCCGCAACAAACUUGAGAUAGUGCUUGAACGCAUGGAAAAACAUAGUUAUGAUUUCAGAUUUGUAGAAUUGCUGGUUCAGUUGAACGAAUCCCUUGCCGAGUUAAAUCCUAAGAAUUUCGGCGAGGUGUCCUAUCCUGCUUUGGAUGUCGUCAAAGCCGGUUUGAACAAAUUCACAGAGGAGUUGGAUAAUGUAUAUGUGAAUAAAUACUCCGGAGCAGGUGAUAUUACUUGGGAAGAGACCAGCGGACGCGGAAAGAAAACUAAUCUAACAGUUGAUGGAAGAAAUUGCUCUAAGGUCUGCUUGACGCUUAUUUCCAUCUUGAACGUUAGUCUAGGCAGAUUGAAACUAAAAUGUAAUAGAGGUUGGAAACAUUUCCAAAUUCAUCAAGACACCGUCGCCACUGUUGACACGAAUAGUGGUAAACCAUUGCAAAUGAACAACCCUCUGGGUCCCUUCUUUAUGAGGUGCGGCUACAAUGUGUCAGUUUUUGCCGGCAAGCAAAAGGGUGAAUUACGAAAUGAGAAAGAAUGUAACGGCAUGGGAGUUCAUGGUAUUCUCGUUGGUACCGAUUAUAAACAUGUUUACAACACCGAUGAAGACUUUGAAUAUCCACUGCAAAAACUCUACGACUGCCUCCAGGACUACUACACUGUCGGUCACUAUGCCUCCUCAUUCGCCAAAAAGCAGCCGUGUUCCGUGUACGAAAUGCUUGGCUGGAUGUGCGGAUUGAAGUAUAACCCUGUUCAAUCGAAUCUACUACACAGCAUUAGCGACAUGCUAGAGGAGCCAGCAACGCCAGUAGGUGGCGACGGUGACCUUGUCACCUUUGACUUGCAAUCCUUCUACAUUAACACGUAUCCUAAUAAAGCAACGUAUAAGCAGUUAGACGAGGUUAUUAAUCACAUUAUGUCAAAAUCUGCCUCCAUCCUCACCACCGUGCUUGGCUAUGGCGACGAGCACACCACGUACGCCUGUGACUUCUAUGACAACUCUUUGAAAUUGUACUACCCCAAGAGUGGCGAGGAGUGCUUGGAUAUGUUGCUCGACAUUUUGCGACGGAUGUUGCCGCCGCUCAGAUUUCUGUUUAUGCAGUGCCGACUUGACCAAUCGCAUUACGGUUGGGCCGACUGCUACUACGGUGAAGACGUCUAUCCGUUGAAUUGGCAGUGCAAGGACCACGAGGAUGAGAAGGCCAAUUGCCGUCCCAGGUCAGCGCUUCAGUCGUACCUAUCCGACAGUCUCGUCGGCUGUAUGCCUCACCAGCUCAGUGCCAUCGGCUGCAAAGCGACGUGUUCGACGUGCCCCAAGGGACUACCCGGGAUGCCAUGUCUAACGCCACUUGGAUUCAGAGGUUUCUCUGGAAGCAAGCGCAGAGGUGCGGACCUAAGCAACGUGCUGGGCAACCUGUUCGGUAACCCACUACUUGCGUCGCUGUUUGCCCUUGCACCCAAAGCGCCUAGUACGUUGCCGGAACACUUCCAGUUUGCCUUGUCGCUUGUUUAUGACUGGCAAAAGAAUUGUAGUCAUCCAAUUGAAAAUGGCAUUAAAGCCGCUAUCACGGACCGUUCCAUUGCGCUUUACGAGCAAACCAGUGACCUAACUAACGCGCUGAGUAAUGCAUAUGGCAGCAGCCAGGGUGGUAACCACGCCGCUAAGCAUACUACUAGACCUGUUGACGGCGGUGAAAAUGAGGUCAAAAAAGGUGACCUCUGCAGUCUCGCAAUGUCUACCGCCUGCCGCGAUCAGCUCUGUGCCCCGUACCUGUAUGCCUUAUGCACCGACCAAUACACUUACCUCGCCAAAAAGCAAUGUAAAACAUACUUAUCGUGGGCAGUAUAUCUGCCAUGGACGCUGUGGAAUUAUCUCAAUUCCUUGUACAACGCGUUCAAGGAUAUCUAUUGCCAAGAUUGGGGCUGUCGUACCUGUCUGCGUGCCGACACGUGUAGGCGUGGCCAGCAUGGUCUCGCCAACGACAAAACAAAGGUUGGUAAUUGCCACUGCUCCAGUAUUGUAGAGUGCAAGGGUGCCAUGCCUACGUUGUAUAAGUACGGUUUUACGUUUGGUGCUCCAGCAGCGUUGAACGGGCAAGGCGGCAGGAAGACGUGUACCAAUUUCAUGGACCAGUUGAACAACGUGCUGCAGUCCAAGUAUUUCCAGACGUUGUUCGACAGAUGUGAUGACAUCUUAUGGCAGAUCAGACAACCAUUCACAUGGACAGUUAUCGCCCUCUGGCUCCUCUCACUUCUGUACCUCCUCCACAUCAUGGUCAUCCGCCUCGACCUGCUCCACAUCAAAUCUCACUUGCACUCACCCUCAUCACAUCGUAUAGCCGCCCAGUCACUACUCGCCGCCGCACGUGUUAAAGCACUCAACAAAGUGCUGUACCUGCAACCUUGA